ACUUAUCGACACUUUAUCCGGGCUUAUUCUAAGAUAGAAGAAGAGACCGUAUCGCAAAAGCAGCUUUACUUCUUUGAUAAGCAAUUGUUCUUCAUUUUAUGGAUUGUAUUUCAACUUUUCCCGAAGGAUUUCUGGAUUUUAAAUGUCAUCGUAUUUUUUGUAACGAUUUCUUUUUCUUAAAUUUGUGAUUUUAAAAUAAUUGUAUUUAUUUAAUACGUUUGUUUGCCCUAAGCUUUCGCAUUUAUUAUAGGAAGUCGUCUUUGAGAACUUAACAGAAACAUACAUUUCUUUGGGACGCUCUAUAGUUUUAAUCGCCAUAAUGCCGUUUAUAAUUCUUUGGAGCUUUACAUAAACACCGGUUAUUUUUAAUUUAAUGUAUUUAUUAAUUUAUUUCUUUAUUUGUUUGUUUGUUUCAUUUUUUUAUUUCUGAAAUAGAUACUCUUAUUAUUCCUCUUCUAACUUGUGUAUACUUGGACGACACAUUUGCCGGGAGCUGUUGCUGUUUAUAGCAUAACUAUCACGUAACCUGCUGGAUGUACAUCUGUUUUUUGAAUCAUCCUCAACCCCAUGCGAUGAACAUAUUCUGCCUCACUGUACUGCUCGUGCUGUGCGGGCUGGUCUUCUGCGAUUUUUCCAGUGAUGAACCGCAACACACUGGUAUAUACAAGGACACAACUGCAACCACAGAUCCAUGUCUGCGAGUGAGCCCUCCGUGUGCAACAGAUGCUGACCGCUUCAGUCUGGAGGCUCUUCAACACAUCCACAGAGAGAUGGAUGAUGAUCAAGAUGGAGGCAUUGAGGUGGAGGAGAGUGUUGAGUUCAUCAUAGAAGAUAUGCAGCAGCAACAACAGGCAAACAAGCACAGUAAACUCCAUCAAGAGGACCAGCACAUCACUUUGGAGGAGCUUUGGAAGGGCUGGAAAUCCUCUGAGGUGCAUAACUGGACUCAGGAUGACGUGUUAAGGUGGCUGACAGAGUUUGUUGAGUUGCCUCAGUAUGAAAACAGCUUUAAAGAUCUAAAUGUGAAUGGGAACACAUUACCCAGGAUUGCUGCAAAUGAGCCAUCGUUUAUGAGUACCUUCCUGAAGAUCCAGGACCAGCAACACAAACAGAAGCUCAAGCUCAAAGCCCUGGAUGUGGUGCUGUUCGGACCCAUCACACGUCCUCCACACAAUUGGAUGAAAGACCUGCUUCUCAUAGUGUCUGUGGUGAUGGGGGUUGGUGGAUGCUUGUUUGCACAAGCACAGAAUAAUUCAUCCAAGGAACAUAUUUCAAAGAUGAUGAAGGACCUGGAUAGCUUGCAGAGAGCUGAACAAAGCCUCAUGGACCUACAGGAGCAGUUGGAGAAGGCCCAGGAAGAGAAGCGCACAGUAGCCGUAGAGAAGAAGAAUCUUGAGGAGAAGAUGAGGGACGAGAUUCAGGAUGCUCAGGAAGAAGCCAACCGACUACACAAACUCCGGGCGGGAGCUGUAAGUGAACUCAGCCGUCUUCUGUAUGCAGAGGAAGAACUUGAACAGGUACGUGAUGCACUGAAGAGGGCUGAAAAAGAUAUGCAGUCCCUCUGGUCACUCCCUAAAUCUUUGCAGCUGUGGCUACAGCUCACUCAUGAGGUCGAGGUCCAAUACUAUAACGUCAAGAAACAAAGUGCCGAACAACAACUAAUCACUGCUAGAGACGAGGCUGAGAAGAUCAAGAAAAAAAGGAGUUCAGUAUUGGGUACACUACAUGUGGCACACAGCUCUUCAUUGGAUCAAGUAGAUCAGAAAAUCCUGGAGGCUAAGAAUGCACUAGCAGAGGUGACUGCUUGUCUAAGGGAGCGUCUGCAUAGGUGGCAGCAGAUAGAGAGCUUGUGUGGUUUUCCAGUGAUAAAAAAUGCUGGCCUACCCAGUCUUACUGCUACUCUCUACCCAGACCCCAACUGGAUGCUAAUGCCCCGGGCUGCAAUGCAGUCCUAUCAAGUGCCCAUUGCAGUGGAGGACAUGGAGGAAGAAAUGCCACAGAUUAUACAACAGAUUCCUGUCACAGUUACACCACUGAAAUGUUCUCCACGGUCUCUGGUUCGCUCUCGCCGAUCUGGGCACAAUGUGUCAUCACCUGUCAUGAUAUCACCUGAUCCUGAUCUACUGAUUCCCAUUCAAGCUCCACUACGCAGAUAUGGAGAUGAUGAUGAAGAGCAUAUCAGAUUCUCUACUCUCAUGAAACAGGAGUCCAUGGAAGCUUCCUCUGAUACAGAUUCUAUGGGGUCAUCCAUCAGCAGAAAGUACACCAGCCUUGAUUGUCCUCCUCGUAGAAAAUACAAAGAAGGCAUUUUCUCUGAUAAAAUAUCCCGAAAGAUUUCCCUGGAUGGGCUAGAGGACAGUCCCUCCCACAAGAUCUCACAGGAGGAGAUGGAUGAGUCUUUGAAUAGCACCUCAAGGAAAGUAUCCAGAGAGGAAUUGGACAUUGAUACUCCAUCAAGAAAGAUAUCUAGAGAGGAGUUAGAUGCCUCCAUGGACCAUUCUAAACAACUGACAGGUAGAGGAGAUUCUGAAGCUACUGUUGAUUCAAGGAAAUUACCCAGGGAGUUGCCAUUAGAUUCUACAAUGAGGUACUACUCUACAGAAAAGGUAUAUUCCCCUGCAGGGAUCAACAUGGAAAGCCAGAGACAACGGACUUUCAGCGACAGAAAGGAUCAUAUGGUCGACAGUUUUUCCAGAGUGUUUCCCAAAAGUGAGCAUGACGCAGAUACAACAAGUGGAAAUAGAUAUUCUGAUGGUUUAAAGACCACUUCCAUCAAAUUUAAGGAUAAUCUGGACAUUCCAACCAACAUCCAGCGAGGAAGGGAGUUUAGGGACAACUAUGAUACAACUUUUGAGAGUUCAGUGGAAAGCUCAAAAAAAUUUAAAAUGUUUCCGGGAAAAACAGAUUUGUCCAAAGACAUCUCUUCACGCAUGAUGGCGCAAGAUGAAUUUGAUAUGUCCCCUGAUUUAGAAAGAUUCAAAGUUAGAGACAAUUCUAUGGAGACUGCCUCUAGAAAAAUGGUGAGAGAUGAGUUUGACACAUCAAUAGAAACUCAGAGAAGAAAGUCUUUUAAGGAGAGCAGGGACGUCCACAUGGACAUUCUCUCAAAAAAGCUCUCUCGUGAUGAGCAUGAUCUUACCACUGAGACCCAAAGAAUUCAACGUAAUAAGAUAGAUAGCUCUGUGGACAUGCCCACUGGUAAAUUACAGAGAGAGAUGGUGGGUAUAUCCAUGGAGGCUCCAAGGCGCAAGAUGUCACAGGAAGAAUUUCUAGUUACAAACCCAUGCCAAUUUGGCCCACCUGACCUCACUGUUAGUUCCUUGAUGCUCUGGAAACCCUCCUCAGACCCACCCAGCACGCUAGUGUACGACGGCAUUCUGGAAAAGUCCUACGAGAACCCUCUUAUGUCCAGUCCUGGGGAACUCAGUUAUGCAGCUGCAAUGUCUAGCUCUACCCAAAGUCUCCUUUCAAAUGAAGGUAAAACAUCACGUUCAUCGUCUUCAGAACCUGGUAGCAAAGACAAGAGCAAGAAGUCUUCCAAGCUUAAGAAUUUAUUCAAGAAGAAAAAGGAUAAGGAAAAAGAUAAAGACUCAUAGAAAUCAACAAUGAGGAAGGCUGAAACUUGGACUGUCCUUUAAAUUUGUUCUUUAAAGCUGGAUUUGUCUUAUAAACCCAAGGGAUCAGUAUAACAUAAGAAAAGUUAAACAUGCUUACAGGGAAGUAGCCUUGGAGUUUCAUGGAAAAAAAGAUUUGUCUUAGAUAUGCUGGAAGCAAUUUAACCCUGACAUUGGAAAUCAGAAUGGGAUUUAGCUAAAUGGAUAUAGUCUUGUGAAAUUAUGCCGAAAAAGGAAUCCCUUUCAAUGUAUUACAUUUUGAUGAAGUGUUCUGUUUAGAGCAGCUGUCUGAACGUAUUACAUAUUGCACAUUUUUUUUGUGGCCGUGUUACAGUGUCACUUUCAGUUUCAUAAUUUUUAAUAAUUUUCAAUGACAUGGAUCUGUGAGCUUUUUGAUUAACUGCAAGAAUUUUGUUUGUGUGUACAGAUUAACUGAUGUCAUUGUAGCAUAAAAGAGACAAUUGCAACUUGCUUAGGUACUACUUUUUUGCACAGAGAAAUAGGAAAAAAUGCAAUAACUUUAAAAAAAUCAUUACUAAUGAAAGCUUUAGUUUACUGUAACUACAGUUUAUGACUGAUGUAAGUGAUCUUAUGAAUUACAGAAUGUGCAAUAUUUGCAUAAAAAUAUAUCAAUCUAUUUUUAACAUCAGGGACUAAAAACGAUUCAACGAAUGGAAACUAAAACCGAAAAACAAACACAAUUUUUUGCAGAACAUAAACGAAAACAGGAACAAAGUGAUUUUCAAUUGUUCCAGAGUGAAAACGUUGGUAACUGGUUAAUUGUUUACCAGUAAUUUUUCAUGAAACUAAAGGCCAAAUUACAUUUUUGGAACUACACCACUUCAUGUUGCCUGAAAAAAUUAAAUGAAAAUAAAAAUGAAAAUGAAGAAAUGAAAAUGUACUUUGAUCCUGAAGGAAACUGCUGCAUCACACAUUUCUUCAUCCCUGUUGUGGAUGAAAUAUGACAUUUUAUUGAUCUCACUGACAAUAAUUUUUUUAUGCAGUUUACCUUUUCUAUAUCUGUUUUACUGUAAUUUUGUGUUAAGAAGAAGGAAUGACCUAAGUAUUAUACAGUAAGUAUUAACAGGAGUUAAUACUUUUUCUGGGAAGUAUUUUAUUGGUAUUCAGUUCUAAUUCUAUUGUACAUCACUUUUGGCAGCGUUUAUUGUUUUAAAAAUGUACACUAAAUUUAACUUGAUUUGGGAAAACAAAUAUUUUUUUAAUGCCAUUUCUGCGAAAGACAUUUCUACAGACACUUAAUUGAAUGUGUCCCGUUUCCUCUUUGUUUUCUCUUUUAGUUACUAGCCGCUGAAUAUUUUCCUUAUCUUUAAUUUUGAGAUUCAGCUUAACAAAAAGCUAAACGUUCAAUAAUCACUUGUGUUUUCCUUUAUUUAUUUGGUCCCAAAUCUAAGAAUUAGCUUUUCAAAUAAUUAAAUAAAACAAUAUUAAAUCAUUUUUUAAUAAUUUAUAAUAAUUAAAUAAAUAAAUAAUAAGGCUAUUAACCACUGCAUUAGGACAUUAAAACAAGAAGACAUUGUAAAUGAAUUGCUGUGAGUUACUCUAUACAAAUUUCAAACAUUAUUUCAGUUUGUUACACAUUAAAAUGUAUUGUUGAAGCAUCACUUUCAUAUUAACUUACCCCUAAAUGUCAUAGUAUUAUACACACGCACGCACGCACACACACACAGGCAGCCAGUAGUUUGGAAUAAUGUGCAGAUAUUGCUGUUUCGGAAGGAAAUUGGUACUUUAAUUCACCCAUGUGGCAUUCAACUGAUCACAAAGUAUAGUCAGGACAUUACUGAUGAAUAAAACAGCAUCAUCUGUAUUUGAAAAAAGUCAUUUUUGACCAAAUCUAGACAGGCUCCAUUUCCAGCAGCCAUCACUCCAACAAUUUAUCCAUGAGUAAUCAUGCUAAAUUGCUAAUUUGGUACUAGAAUAUCACUUGCCAUUAUAUCAAACACAGUUGAAAGCUAUUUGGUUCAUUAAAUAAAGCUUAACAUUGUCUUUGUUUUUGAAUUGCCACAGUAUGCAAUAGACUGGCAUGUCUUAAGGUCAAUAAUAGUUAAAAAAGAAACAGCUUUCUCUAGAAACUUGUCAGUCAAUCGUUGUUUUGAGGAAUGAAGGCUAUACAAUGCUUGAAUUUGCCAAAAAAAAAAAAAUGUCAUACAAAGCUGUACACUACAGUCUUCAAAGACAAAGGACAAAUAACUCUAACAAGGACAGAAGGAGAUGUGGAAAGCCAGAUAUACAACUAUACAAGAGGAUGAGUACAUCAGAGUCUCUAGUUUGAGAAAAAGACGCCUCACAUGUCCUCAGCUGACAGCUUCAUUGAAUUCUACCUGCUCAACACUAGUUUCAUGUACAACAGUAAAGAGGAGACUCAGGCAUGCAGGCCUUAUGGGAAGAAUUGAAAAGAAAAAGCCACUUUUGAAACAGAAAUCAAAACUAAAAGGAUAGAGUGGGCAAAGGAACACAGACAUUGGACAACAGAUAAUUGGAAAAGAGUGUUAUGGAUUGUGGCGGCGGGGGCGUUAUCGAGAGUUUGUCCGUUAUGGAUCUUUGAGCUUUUGUGGGAUAAGCUGUCCGUAAGGUGCAUGACAAUGCCUGACAAAACAGCUACAUACAUAUACACUGUGGUUUGUUGUUUACAUUUACAUCAGACGACCCUUACCUCCCUAAGCACUGGUUCAUUGCUAGAAUGAACUUCAAUGUGUUUUAUGUGUCAGGCAAAGUCUGGCUCCAACUUACUAAUGCUGACAUUUACCCAUAAACGUGAACUCUUUAGGACUGAGGUCUCUGUCAAUUUUGUAAUUUUUUUAUUCUAUCACAAAAAGUGGGUUUUCUGUAUGUUUUCAUGAUUUAGUGCUGUUCACAGGUUCUUUGUGAAGUGGUAAAGAUAGUCCUAUGUUGAUCUUUGUUUGUCUAAGGUGUAACCCCAAACCACAAAUGUUUCCAGUGAUCUUAGUAACUGUCUUCUUGAGAAUUUGUCUUUGUGUGUAACUGUUUGUAUGUGUGUUAAAAUAUAGCUAUGGUUUCAAACAUUUAUAAUAAUAAUAAAAAUGUAUCAGUUUUGGAACAGCUCUUUCUUUGUGGUCGUUUAAAUUUGUUACUUUGAAAUAAAAAA